UGACUAGUCUGCCCAACAAACCCAAAAUUUCAGACACGGUUCUCUUUAAUUGUUCCUCGUAAUAUUCGUUUAAUAAUAGUUCAACCGGAUUUUCUGUCUCCAGCUCUUCCUCUUCUUCAUCAUCAUCAUCUACUAUUCACUUAAUUAUCCAUUCAUAAUAAUUUUCCGACUUAAUAAACAAUUAUUAAUACCUCCUUGUCGGCUUGUAUGGGAGUAACAUAGGACAGGGGCACUUAAUUAUAUCAAGGCUAACAUUUGAUCGUUAGACCAUAAAUAAACACGAAGAGGAACCAAAUAACGACGUCGAUCAAAAGAGCUGCACCAAAACUGGUGAGCAGUUAUUGGUAUAUUGGAAACAAUUGCAUUGUUACAUCAGUCAAGAUAAUAUUGACAUUGCCAUUGAAAAUGCUGCUUGUGAAGACCUAACACACACAGCGCCCUGAGUAGCUAGAAGUAUUCAGUUCUUUCCGUUUCUGAGGAAUUAAUGGCUGUUACCUCUCAAGAGACCGGUCGAGAAAAUCCCACUGAUAGAUUUCCUUUGCUCAUGGAGCAGGCAGAGAAUCGUGAAAGUAAUGAUCAUGUUAUUGAUAUAGGACGGGUUGGUGAUGCUUCCUCUCCAGACUCAUCUGAUCAUGGUUCUCCUUGUGGUUUGACUACACCACAUCAUGAAACAGGACCCUCAGGUCGGGGUCAAGUGCCUUUGACUCAGUCACCCUCAGCGUCCAAUGGUUCCAACUUUAGGAGCUCUUCACUUUCACGGCGAGGUGAAGGUUUGGGGCGUCGAUGGAGUCCAUUCAAUACGGUGUUGUGGAUUUCCCUUGAGCUAGUAUUCACUGUUGGCCAAAUUAUUGCAGCACUGGUUGUUCUAUAUUUGUCAAGACGUGAGAAUCCACAAACUCCAUUGUUUGCUUGGGUUGUUGGUUAUGCUGCUGGUUGUGCAUUAAGCCUCCCUCUCUAUUACUGGCGCUAUAUUCAUAGUAAUCAGAUCACUGAUCAAAGGUCCACUCAAUCACGUCAAGGCUCGAGACGAGGCAAUUCGACAUCAGAACCCAAUUCUUACAUAACCAUCUCACUAACUAGAUCUUCAGAAGAGGAAGCUGGCCAGAAUACAUCUACAGGCGCUUGGAAUGGUCAGAAUAAUGGCGCUCCCAAUGCUAGGGUCAGUAUACUGAUGGACCACUUCAAAAUGGCCUUGGAUUGCUUUUUUGCAGUUUGGUUUGUUGUUGGUAAUGUUUGGAUAUUUGGAGGGCAUUCAUCUUCUUCUGAUGCCCCAAAUUUGUAUAGGUUAUGUUUGGUGUUUCUUACCUUUAGUUGUAUUGGCUAUGCCAUGCCUUUCAUUUUGUGUGGAAUGAUAUGCUGCUGUCUUCCAUGCAUCAUUCAUAUUCUUGGUGUACGUGAGGAUAUGAAUGGAGUGAGAGGAGCCACUGAAGAGUCUAUUAAUGCUUUGCCCAAACAUAAGUUUAAGCUAAAGAGGAAUCGAAGUAGCAGCAGUGGAGACAGCAGUUCUGGAUUUGAGGAAGGUGGGUUUCUAGCUGCCGGAACAGAAAAGGAGCGUGCCAUCUCAGGGGAAGAUGCUGUUUGUUGUAUCUGCUUGACAAAAUAUGAGGACGAUGAUGAGUUGAGAGAGCUUCCCUGCUCUCAUUUCUUCCACACAGAAUGUGUGGAUAAGUGGCUUAAGAUAAAUGCAUCAUGCCCCCUCUGCAAAUUUGAAAUUGGUGGUGGUGGUGGUGGUGGUGCUGAGGAUGCAGCACCUGUAGAAGCCAGCCAGGAAGAUCAAGGAGUAUGAAACAUGGGUUGAUGAAACAAGUAAUGGCACAAGGUAGGAGCUUGCCCUUCCAUACGAGGUAUUCUGAAUAUGAGAUGAUGGUAAGGUUGUACAGUCGAGGUCAUCAAGUGUCUCUGCAGCUUCAUGACAUCAACAUCUGUGAUGUACAAGGGUAAUUGUGAUUUGUCAAAUGCGCUUCCCGGUUGUGCAGAAGUAUGCGAUAUGUUGUCAAGCUGUAGAUUUGAGUUAUACCCUAUUUCUUUGAAGGAUAUGUAUACUCUUGAAACUGCUGAGCAAGAAAUACAUCAUCUUUGAAUAAAUUACUGUCGUUGUAGGCUGCAUUUUUGGUUUUAAUGUAUGAAGAAGAACCCUGCUCUGGUUAAUGUUUUA